AUGUCUUCUUCGCCGUUGUCCAAAACGACAGCGGCUAGCAUUCCAAAGAUAACAGAACUUCGCAAUGAACUUGAUUACGGCAACCCACAAUUGCCACGAUGCAUGGCUUUCUACGACGACAUCAGGGUUUUUAGGAGGAAAUAUCGAACAAGCCAAGGUGUUCCCGGCGUCAACCUUUGGGAUUGGAAGUCCCGCGAGCACCAAGCAGGCCUGACAGAGAUGACACAGGCCUACCUCGAUGAAGAGGGAAACGGGCGUGUAUUCUGGCCCGCUGAGGAAUCAUCGCCCAACCGAAACAGACUUAACUACUCCAUAGACCAUCUUCGAAUCAAGCGCCUCAUCAAGCAGCUUUUCUUCCGCCUGAACCUGCAGCAGUACCGCAAUAACAAAUACAAGCACAAGGACAAGUCAGAACGCCAGACUCCCGAUGAACGGGGCCACAGCGUGGAAACGGCAAUUGAAGUCGACAGCCCCCAACCUACAAAUUCACCCAAGCCUGCUCCUGCCGCUUCAAUACCAAAAUACGUCCAUUUGAGGCGAUCAAUCGAGACGGGAACACAAGACGUAGUGCGCAUCACAUAA